UACUACUACUUCGAUGUUGGGGAAUGGCUACAAGCAGCAGUCGCUUUCUGUUUCUCCCCACAUGAGUUCACGAUUCCCAUGCACAAAAGUAUCCACGUAUCGUCUUCCUACAAGAGGAGCAAAAGAACCGGAACCCGACCAAACGACACUCCCAACUCAUCCUUCAGCCAUGAAACCACCACCCCUUGCAAUAGAAGUAGAAGCCCCGGCAGCAGCGGUAGUACUACCUUCGUCUUCGCCGAGAUGGGCUGCCGGCAUCAUCAAGCGGACCGUCCUCUCGGAGCUCCGGGCGCAGCGAGGGAUCGCGCUUCCCCUGGUCGCCAUGAACUUGACGUGGUUCGCCAAGACCGCCAUCACCACCGCGUUCCUCGGCCGGCUCGGGGAGCUCGAGCUGGCCGGUGGAGCCCUUGGCUUCACCUUCGCCAACGUCACGGGCUUCUCUGUUCUAACCGGCCUCUGCGCCGCCAUGGAGCCCAUCUGCGGCCAGGCCUACGGCGCCAAGAACUACAAGCUCCUGCGCAAGACGCUCCUCAUGGCCACGAUCCUGCUACUGCUGGCCUCCCUCCCCAUCUCCUUCCUGUGGCUCAACGUCGACAGGAUCCUGUUGCGCUUCGGGCAACAGAGGGACAUCGCCGGCCUCGCGAGGAGGUACGUCACGUACCUCCUCCCUGACCUGGCCGUGACGUCCUUCCUCUGUCCUCUCAAGGCCUAUCUGAGCUCCCAGGGCGUGACCCUCCCCACCCUCUUCAGCUCGGCCAUUGCGCUGGCCUUCCAUGUUCCCCUCAACGUCGCGCUGUCGAAGGCGAAGGGGCUGCAGGGCGUGUCGACGGCCAUCUGGUUGACGGACCUCACCGUCGUGCUCAUGCUGGCGUCUUACGUGGUGGUGACCGAGAGAGCAAGGCGGCGAGAGGACAACGCAGGGGGGUGUGCGGAGGAGGGAGGGCGGCGGUGGUGGGAGCAAAGCCUGGCCGAGUGGGCCACUCUGCUCAAGCUCUCGGCCCCCUGCUGCCUGACGACGUGCCUGGAGUGGUGGUGCUACGAGAUCCUGGUGCUGCUCACCGGGCGGCUCCCCGACGCCCGGCGCAUGGUGUCGGUCAUCGCCGUCGUGCUCAACUUCGACUACCUGCUCUACUCGGUGAUGCUCUCGCUGGCGACGUGCGCGUCCACGCGGGUGUCCAACGAGCUCGGGGCGGGCAGGCCCCGCGCCGCCCGCGAGUCGGCUUACGUGUCGCUGGUCCUCAGCGUCCUCGCGGGCUUCACGGGGGGAGCGGCGAUGGCGAGCGCGAGGGGGCAGUGGGGGCGCCUCUUCAGCCACGAGCCAGGGGUCGAGGACGGGGUGAGGAAGAUGAUGCGGCUCAUGGCGCUGGUGGAGGUGGUCAACUUCCCUCUGGCGGCCUGCGGCGGAAUCGUCCGGGGCACCGCCAGGCCGUGGCUAGGCAUGUAUGCCAGCGUCGGCGGGUUUUACCUGGUGGCGCUGCCGCUGGCGGUGGUGAUGGGCUUCACGGCGAAGCUCGGCCUCGGCGGCCUGCUGCUGGGCUUCCUGGUGGGCACGUUAGCCAGCGCCGUGUUGUUGGUGGUGUUCGUGGCGUGCAUCGAUUGGGACGAGGAGGCCGGCAACGCACGGAGCUUGGCCGGGAAGGCUUAACGCCUUAGGAAAGCAGAGCACGACGGGACGGGAGCACAAAGAGAUGAAGCAAUAUUAGAUAUCGCUGCAUCUUCCUACCAAAAAAGCCAGCAAAAACAUUUUGUAAUCUGUCAAUAAAUACCCUAUCCAUGUUAUGUUUCCUACUCUUUUCUAUACUCUAUAGUUCCACUA